GUGGCUAAGGCUAAGAUGAUCAUCAUGUGUGGGGAACUACUGGACCAUGAUAAGUGUCCACAGACUGUCCACGGCACUGUAUGCGAAAUGAUACCGUUGUCACGCAGAUAUGGUGAUUUAAGGAGGCCCGGGGCACAUGGCCAGCGCUCGCACGUGCGGUGCAGUUGUGUGUGUGUGUGUGACUGCCUCCUCCAUCCGGUUCCUACUUACACACGUUCACGGGAAUCCCGCACGUCUGGGUUUCCGUUCUCUACCCUCAGCUCUCUCCUGUGUGUCAGCUUGUACAGGAAAAUGUCCGAAGACACGUUGAUUCUGAAUGUGGCGACAGUCCCAUCGUUCCACUCGGGGAAGCGGCCGAGGACACCAUACAAACCUUCAGACAAAUGGAAAAAGAGAAAAGCUCAGAAAAGAAAAGCAGCACAGCUAACGCCAAAGGGUCCUUCUGCCAAAAAGGUGGCACACAUCCCUGAGAACACCUCUGAUCAUGUCCACCAGACCCUACAACAUGAUCGAGCCCCCAAACUCACUACCAAGGACAAAGACAUCAGCAAAGGGACUUUACCAGUUUCAGCCAGGAAGCCAGGGAGUACAGAGAAACCCAGCUCAAAAUCAGAAGGAACCCCAGAACUCCAUAAGAAGAGCCAGCAAGAAGACAGAAAAGGAGAGGAUAGGCCUUUCAUCAAGACCUCUUCCCUGUUCAAAAAUAACCCAGAUAUCCCAGACAUUCACAAGCCUGCGGUGACCCAGCUGAAGGAGACAAUGUUCACAAGUGACUCCUUUGCAGAUCUGGAGCUACAUCCACAUUUGGUGUCUACUCUUAACAAUGUCUUGAAGGUGACGAGUAUGACAAGUGUCCAGAAACGGACCAUUCCUGUACUCCUGGCUGGAAGGGACGCGGUGGUGCGCUCCCAGACUGGCUCAGGCAAGACCUUGGCUUAUGGGAUUCCACUGGUUCAGUCUCUACAGGCAAUACAGCCAAAAAUCAAGCGAGCAGACGGUCCAUUUGCAGUCAUUGUUGUCCCCACCAGAGAGCUAGCACAACAGAGCUUUCAGAUCAUCCAGAAGCUACUGAAGCCCUUCACAUGGAUUGUACCUGGAGUUCUGAUGGGUGGGGAGAAAAGGAAAUCGGAGAAAGCCAGGUUACGCAAGGGGAUCAACAUCCUGAUUGCCACGCCAGGCCGACUGGUCGACCACAUCAAUAACACCCUGAGUAUUGCCUUCAGUGCUGUCCGCUGGCUUGUGCUAGAUGAGGCAGACAGAACUCUGGACCUGGGGUUUGAAAAGGACCUGACGGUGAUCCUGAACGCCAUCAACACCACCAGCCCAUGCAGGCAGAAUGUGUUGCUGUCCGCCACACUUACUGAAGGUGUCUCAAGACUGGCUGGGAUCAGCGUAAGGGACCCGGUCAGCAUCCACGUGGGUGAGGGUACGGAGGAGUGUGCCGCUGCGGUGCCACAGGCCUCAGGCAUACCUCAUGGCUUUGCCGUUCCUGAGAAGCUCAAGCAGUACAUGGUAUUGGUGCCCAGCAAGCUGCGACUGGUGUGCCUGGGAGCGUUCAUCUUGGGAAAGGCCAAGUUUGAAAAAGGCCACAAGCUUAUUGUGUUCCUGUCAAGCUGCGAAGCUGUGGAGUUCCUGCUGGCACUCUUCACCACAGUUCUGUGCAAGGAAGAAGACCUCUCUCCCUCAUCCAGUCAGCCAGCGCCUCUCCUCUUCUACCAACUGCACGGCAACAUGAUGCAGGAGGAACGAAUGGAGGUGUUCAAGGAAUUUUCUCAGUGCAAGACUGGCAUUCUCCUUUGCACGGACGUGGCUGCGAGAGGGCUGGAUCUGCCUCAGGUGACCUGGAUAGUGCAGUACAACCCCCCAGCGUCUCCUGCAGAGUACGUGCACCGUGUGGGUCGCACUGCUCGAAUCGGAGCUCAAGGCAGCAGCCUCCUCUUCCUCACUCCUUCUGAGACGGCUUACAUCAACGUGUUGGCAGAUCACAACAUCAGCAUGUCAGAGAUGAAGGUGCAGGAUAUUUUGGCCAACCUCAUGUUGGAUGACCAAUUCAAAGGCAGGGGGAAGUGGGGCAACAAGAAGUCUGCAGGGGCCAUUGAGCAGGAAGUACGAGAAAGAGCCACGGUGUUGCAGACCGAAUUUGAGAAUGCUGUUCAUGCCAACAAAAAUUCUGUCCAAUCUGCCAAGAAAGCUUUGCAGUCCUUCCUGCGGGCCUACACCACCUACCCUGCCGGCCUGAAGCGCAUUUUCCACAUUCGCAGCCUGCACUUGGGCCACGCAGCCAAGAGUUUCGGACUGAGGGACGCGCCGCAAGGUCUGAGCACAGCUGCGGGGGGGUCGCAGAAAAGCCGGAAGGACGCUCCCAGGAAGACGUGCCCUUCCAAGACGCUGAGCCGUAAGGAGCGAGCGGCGAGCCUCCUGCACUCUGAGUAUGCGAGCGGACUGGAGGGCAUCUCCGCUCCCAGGAAGAAGAAGCCGAAGCAGAUGGAGGAAGGGACGCAGAGGGUCAGCUAGCAGCCAGCCAAAAGCACCUCUGCCCUGUUCAACCGCAGGUGGAGCCAGGGGUCAAACACGUCACUGCGCGAGCGCUCUGAACAGGGCUGCGGCGUGCUCACCUUGACCUCGUCAGCUCAUCCACGUACCAGACUUUGAGCGCUCUCACCACAGCCAGAAUCAUGGCAGCGCUGGAAUCAAUGGCCUGUCGGGGUUGUCUUCUGGUAUACCAUUUCUGUUGGGCUGUUGCUUAAUGAUGGCUAUUCUCCAGGGAAACUGGGGUACAUUAGACUAUGUUGUAUCUCUGAAAUGAUAUGCUGAAUACCAAAACGCAUUCAGAUCUCACAAAACUUGUUUCUGUUCUUCAGACGUUUAGUUACACAGAGAAUGUCCGUUAGCCUUGUCUGUGGUUUUACUCAUGUAUCGAGGGUCUGUGGAUUUGCACGGCAGACAUUGUGCCAGGUGGGCUUGACUGCACAUUGUGAGUCCGCAGGCUGUGUUUGCUGAUGUUGAUCACAUGCAGUUUGCUUAAUACCUUUUGUGUCUCCCCCCGCUCCGUUCUACAGUGGAUAUUGUCUGCAUGGACUGUUUAGCCAUUGCUAAACCUUUCUGCAUCUUAAAGAAGUCGUCUCCCCCCCCCCCCCCCGUUUCUCACAGUCAACAAUUAGCAGGCAAAAACAACAUUAAGAAAUGUGUACUAUUCAAUGUUGACAAGGUAAAUAAUAUUCUAAUGGUGAUGGCUGUGUUCCUACUGCCUUCCACUGAAACAAUGAAAAUCAUAACUGAUUACAGAAAUGUAAAAUUGUUUACUACAGCAUGUUUAAUGGGCACUGGAAUGACAGCGUAAACUGUUCUACCCCUUUCAACAAACCAGACAACAAGAAAGCUUGUUUCCCAUUUGUUAAGCUCCCGAGAGAUUGUGUCAUAUUUUUCUCAUCCAGGAAUAAUUUGC